AUGGAGAACCAUGGGACGGAGAUCGACACUUGUCUAUCCAAGCACAGUACCGCGAGGGCAGCAAAGGUCGUCAUCACUUCCGAGCAUCAGGCCAGACACUUUGCGACAUCGACAUCAUCAGGCGCAAACAACAGGCGGCACGAGCGUGCAAACUCGAGCCCAUCACAUCAAUCGUUCCCAGCUUGCGGGAGGGAUUCCUCCCGAAAUCUCGACCUCACUAGGUCGGCAACGACGCCAGAGCGUCAUCUGCUCGGCGUCACCUCAUCUUUAGUCAGCCAGCACAUUGGCUGGCUCAAUCCGAACUCGUCCGCGUCGUCACAUAUGGCGACCUCGGACCAAACCGUCUCGACUGGCGGUCUCGCUCUCGCGGGCCGCAUCAGCUUCGGCCACAAUCUGGUCGACCACUAUGCCUUGCCCACUACCAGGCAAGGCAACCAAGCUACUCUGCGCGAGCCAUCAUCCGGCUUGGCGCUCGUCAUUCGGUCUGCCAGUGCAGAGUGGCUCUCUGCGCUGGGGCUGGCAGGCUUGAACCUCACUCGCGCCCUGUCAACACGCUGUCAAUCGUCACCUUUCAAGAUCGCCUAA